AUGUGCAAGGAAGCGCUUCACACAUUACCUCCAGGGGCUAGACCCCGAUCUUCGCCAGUCCAGGCACCUCUCCAAACGGGAUACGUUCCACCCGUAGUCUCGGGGCAAGCUGCCCCUCUUGCAAAUCAGCCAGGUUUCACCUCCCAACCCACAUCGGGUUAUGCUUCUCAACCCCAACCAGCCGCCCGUUUCAUCGAGUUACCCGGCUCAACCCAUGACGAGCCACCUUCACCAAAGCAGCUACAACCUCCCUAUGCCAAGUCAACCAGAUCCUACCCUAUACCAUACCCAUUUAGGAUCUCCUAG